CGUCGAUCUAUGAAUAGCUUCAUCGCGCCUCCUUGCCGCACGGUUCUUUCUCGGGCGUCGUCGAUUCUCUUUAUCAGCAAUAUAGAUUGCUACAGACCCUGACUGCUUUAUCCUCUCUCCUCACAAUCAAGAAAUCUCCUAUACUCCAAUUACUCAGCUGAUUUUGCAGCAAUAUCUCUAUCGCCAUCUUACUACCCCACUGCGCGCCGUCUGCGUCAGCCUGCCAUAGUCUCUGUUAUAUCUUUGAAAGAUUCCUCUCUACCUCCGACGUUUGACCUUUUUAACGCUAUUUAUCCCUCACCUUUCGCCAUGGAUGGCGAUGUGGUGGCCCAGUUCUCCGAGGUCACCGGCUCGACCCCGGAGCUGGCAAUUCAAUACCUCCAGCUCACCGAUUUCAACAUCGAACAGGCAACGAUGCUCUACUUUGAAAAUGGGGGUGCACCCUUGACAGAAGAACCCACACCCUCUCACUCUAUCUCGCACGGUGCUGGAGGCGCUGGCUCGGGAGUUGUACAUAUAGACUCGGACGAUGAUGUCGUUGUGGAUGAAGCAAGAUCAACCCCUCGAACUCAACCUGCGAGACCGGGGCAUGGCUUAGGUGCGAAUAUCGAAGAUGAUGAGGCUAUGGCCCGCCGCCUGCAGGAGGAACUCUACUCUGGGACCGGCUCUGAUGGAGUCCGAGCUCCUAUGGCACGCACAACGGAAACCCUCGUUGGCCCAGAGGAGGAUUUUGAUGGUGAUAUGAACUCGAGUAUAUUAAGAGAGCUGCGUUAUCAUCAGUCACGGAGUGGUCGACCCGGUAUCUUUAAUCAGAGGGAUCCACAGUCUAUCUGGGCCGGUGACUCGGGGGUUUCACCGCGUGAAAGACUCUCAGCAGCAACGGGGGGUGCUUCCGAAACCUCGUCGAAAUCAAGCAUGCUUGCCGAAAUGUAUCGCCCCCCAUUUGAGUUGAUCACGCAAUUGCCAUGGGACCUGGCGCGCGAAGAAGGUCGCGAUAAUGAGAGGUGGUUGUUGGUUAACAUCCAGGACCCCUCGAUCUUUGACUGCCAGGUGUUGAAUAGAGAUCUGUGGAAGGAUCCUGCAGUAAGGGAAACCAUCAAGGAACACUUCGUUUUCUUGCAAUACUCAAAAGACGACCCCCGCGCUGCGCCGUACCUACAAUACUACUUUCAAGCGAGCGAUGUUUCCGAAAACUAUCCCCACAUAGCCAUCGUCGAUCCCCGUACUGGAGAACAAAUGAAGGUGUGGUCGGGGCCGCCUGUGAUGAAGCCAGCGGACUUCCUCAUGCAGCUUCAUGAAUUCCUUGAUCGCUACAGCCUGAAUCCUAAUGUCCGAAACCCAGUGGCAAAGCGGAAACCGGAGAAGAAGGAGAAGAGUAUUGACGCAAUGACAGAGGAGGAGAUGAUGGAAAUGGCGAUGAGGAACAGUUUGGGUGAAGGGGUGCUGCCGCCGCGCAAAUUAGAGGAUCCAGACGAGUUAACCCGCAGUGUUGAGGAUGUGAAGGGAAAGGGCAAGGCGGUUGAUAGAGAGGACGUUAUCAUGGGUGAAAUGGAACAAGAGGAGGGAGAUACAGGAGCUGAAGCUUCUCUAUUCUCCUCCAUUGCUAGCGAUCGACCGCACACAGAACCUCCAUCUGAUCCUGCCACGACAACCCGCAUUCAGUUCCGGCACCCGUCUGGUAGGGUGAUCCGGCGUUUUUCUCUGUCAGAUCCUGUCCAGCGCAUUUAUGAAUGGCUCAAAGCCGAUCCUCCACUGGAGGAUAAGGCCGGUAUCCCAUUUGAAUUGAAUGCCAUGGGCCACAACCUCAUAGACGAACUCCAGACUAGCAUCCAGGAUGCCGGUUUAAAGAAUGGAACCGUCAUGAUAGGCUAUCUGGAAGAAUGAAAGGACCGAGAGCAUGCAUAUCCGAUACGGGUAUGGAUUUGAAUAGAUUAACAUGAGAGCCACCUGUGAUGGCGCCUGAGAUACCACCUUUCGUCCUUUCCUGUUUGGUCUUCUGUGGCAGUUAAGCUCUAUGCAAUAUACACUGCUGCAGCAUUGCUUGGGCUUGUCCCAACUCCCAAACAGUGCUGAGCGCUAUGCGACCAACGUGGAUGGGUGGGCAUGGAGCAUUAGAUAUUCCUUGCUAUUGUUACAAAGUCCUUCAACUGGACCUCUAAUCCCAGCAAUGCAUACGGACGUUGUAACUGCUGAAGAAUAAGAAAUAUCAAGUACACCGCCUGGGGAAAACUGCC